UCGAAAGGAGAGGAAGAAGUUGCAGAGGAGGUGGGAAUGGGUUGCGUCUCCUCCAAACUGCUCGUGAGGGAGGACGAUGAAGAAGCCAACCACGUCGUCUUCCUCACCUCCACCACCUACGGCGUCCUCAACCUCGAUCGCAAUGAAGCCGGUGGGAAGAGGGAGGAUGAUGAAGAAGAAGGACGGGAAGUCAUUAAGAGGGAAUGGAGGAGUGACGCGAAGGAAGAGCCAGCGGAGGUCAUCGACGCAUGGGAACUCAUGGAGGGCCUCGCCGACGAGACGCCGGUUUCGUCCCCGCUUAAGAGAUCCCCAAAGCCUCACCCUUCGACGCACGCUUCCAUCGUAUCGCCGUCUCCCAGGAGUCGGAAGACUAGAGAGUCGGGGAAAGAGAACACGGUGCCGCGGCGGGACUCGGCGAGGUGGGAUCUCGACCCGAAUCGGAUCUUGAGGCCCUUCAGUUCCUCGGAUAACGCGAGGCGGGCCGGACUCGCUUCGUCGUUGACUCCGCGCAAGAAGCUUGGGAGGGAUUCCGGCGGCGGCUCUGUGUCCAGGAGGAGCCUUGGCCCGGUCUUCGACCCCGACCUUCUUGCUUCCCUGGAGAGGGAACACGUGGAGGAGGGCGAGCAGAUGAAGAAGAUGGUGGCCUUGGCCCGCGAUUCCAGCGUCUUGCUCCAGUACUACGAGGAGAAGUGCCCGCCCGGCGGGCAGAACUCGGUGGUCAUCUACACGACGACGCUGCGGGGAAUCAGGAAGACAUUCGAGGACUGCAACGGCGUCAGGUCCACUCUCGAUUCUCACCGUGUUCGGGUCAUGGAGAGGGACAUCUCCAUGGACUCGGGAUACAGAGCGGAGCUGAGGACGCUGAUGGGAGGAGCAAGAGAGGUCAAGGUCCCUGCGGUUUUCGUGAAGGGGAGGCUCCUCGGUGGCGCGGCCGAGUUGGCGAAGCUGGAAGAGGAUGGGGCGCUGGGGCCGUUGCUGCAGGGGAUUCCGAGGGCGGCGACGGCGUGCGAGGGAUGCGGAGGGGUGAGUUUUGUGGUGUGUGUGGAUUGCAGUGGCAGCUGCAGGGUGUUGGAUGAAGAGGAGAAGAAGACGGUGAAAUGUGGGAAGUGCAAUGAGAAUGGCUUGAGACACUGUCCCAUGUGUUGCUGAAGCAGAGGCUUCAUUGGUUGGAAAACAGGGGAGGGGGGUUGAUAACUAUCUACCCGUAGAAAUGUAUGUAUGUCAAUGUUGUAUGUUGUAUGUGAUCAUUGGACACCAUGAUAUUUACACCAUAUGCCCUCUGUUCUUGUCACUAGUAGUG